UGACUAGGUUGUUAUUCUUCGAUUAUAAAGGUGUUGCAUGUAAAGGCGUUUUUUUAAACCCCGAAUGCAUGAGAUACCUUUAAUGUUAACAACUGAGAAUCUUUUUAGAGCCCAUAAACAGAAGCAAACAAUUAGUUGAACAAUAUUUUUGUCGAUGAAAAUGGUAGACACGUUGGUUCAUUCAGGUAUAUUGAAUAGUGAAUGUUGGAUUUAAUCACUAACACAUUGGCGUUACAAUAAAAUAUAUGUUACUAACGACCUUGAUUACUAUAGUAUUAGGAUUUUCCCUAAAUUGAAUGUCCGAAAGAGAUACACUGCCUGAUAUUUUGUACAGUGAUCUAUCUCAAGCUUUCAAGUACAUUGACAAAGAUGGAGAUGGAACUUUGGGUGUUGACGAUAUAUCCUACUUACUAACAACUCUCGGUAUCGGUUGUAAUGAAAACAGUAUUUUAACAAUUGUUAGGGAUUUAUCUGAUUGCGAGGAUUCUAUGAGGCUCCCAAAAUUUAUUGAACUCUUAGGUCGUGCACUGGAGAGUCUUGAUGAAAACCAACCAGUGAAGACACUAUUUCGAAUUGUUGAUCGAAAUGGUGAUGGACAUCUGGAUCCUGAUGAAAUAGCACUACGAAUGUCUAAAAUAUUUAAUAAAAUUACUAAAGAAGAAGUUAGACUUCUACUUGAUACAGUAAAGAUGGACGAAGAUCAAACAUUAGAUUGUGAAGAAUUCGGUGCUCUUUUAAGGUCUGGGUUUUCCGAAGCAAGGAAGUAAAAGACAAUAACUAUACUUUCUUUCUAAACUAUACUAUUUUUUGUUAAUAAUGUCAGUUUUGUUUAUCGUUCUUACCGUAGUUUUUCCAUACAUUUUAAUUUAGCUAUAAGUAAGCACUAUUAUGCUUUCAUUAUACGACAAAUAACAUGUACUUUAUUAUUCUGUUAUGAUGACGAAAAAUGCUUAAAUAAAUUCCCCAUAUAAAAUGUGUUCUCUAAA